AUGCCGUAUUAUCAUCUGCAGAAAUUUUGUACACUUUCCGCGCUGGUGCAGAUGACGACGAACAAAGGUAACCAUAGGCACCUUGAACUUUCUUCGGGUUCUUUGGAGCAUUUGGUGGCCGAAACUAUUUCUUGGGCUGCAAAGAACAACAACAGAGAGUUGGAGUCUUUCCCUCCAAGAUCUGUUAAAGAUACAAGAGGCAAAAUGCAAAACUCAAUGGCAAAAGUUUGCCUAAGCCUUGCUGAACUUUGGCGGCUUACGAAAGAGCCUUCUAACUCCUCCUGCGAAGAAAAGAGUAAGAAGGCAAAAGGCGCCGAAUAA